GUAUUGUUGACGAGACCGGACUGCGACCGCUUUGCUGGAAGAGAAAAUUACAAAAAUCUCAUGUUCGAGCUAAUUGUUAAGUGGAGCGAACGACAAGGCGGUAUUUCAGAUGUGGAAGACCAUCCACUUUGCUCAAAUCCAGACAGUGCUUGGUGUCAGUACUUUAAGGAUAACGAAGUUUUGCUUCAGAUCAACAAGGACGUUCGGCGUCUCUGUCCGGAAAUUUCGUUUUUCCAGCAAGCUACCGAAUUUCCAUUCAAAGACCCUGUCACUCAGCGUGUGUUGUCUCUCAGUCGUCGGAUUUCGAAUGAACUACUCAAUGCUGAGAAUCUCACGCAGAACAGAUCAGGAAUGAAUAACCUAGUGAAGACUUCACGGAAAUAUGCUGAAGAAGAAUAUAAAGAACUUUGGGAUGGCCAAGAAGCUCAUUGGCAGGUCGUUGAACGCAUUUUAUUUGUGUACUGCAAAUUGAACCCUGGCGUUCAGUAUGUUCAGGGAAUGAAUGAAAUUCUUGGACCCAUUUACUACGUGUUUGCAUCUGACCCGAAUGUUUUGUGGCGAGAAUUUGCUGAGGCCGAUUCGUAUUACUGUUUCCAGUAUCUUAUGUCAGAAAUAAAAGACAACUUUAUUCGGACAAUGGAUUCAUCGAAAUUCGGCAUUGAAUUCCAAAUGCGGUGCCUGUUUGGCCUGCUUAAAGAUACAGACCUUACGCUGUAUACUCAUAUUGCUGAAAAACAGGAAAUACGACCGGAGUAUUUUGCAUUUCGUUGGCUAUCGCUUCUUUUGUCGCAGGAAUUCCUGCUUCCAGAUGUUAUCAGAAUUUGGGAUUCUCUGUUCGCGGACGAAAAUCGUUUCCAGUUUUUGUUAUACGUCUAUGAUUGCAGUUUUAAAGGUUUUUGUGUCCAAACGCUAAUCUCGGUCUUUAGACAUGUUCGCGAUGCUUUAAUGAACAACGACUUCAGUUCUAACAUACGACUUUUGCAGGUGAUGCCUUGUCUUUUGCUUUUUGGUUCAUAA